GGCAUCAAGACAGCGAAUGAUAUUAAAUAAGACCCAGCUAUAGCUGUACCUAGUAUUCGGUUGUCGACUUGUGGUAAUGCGUUCAAUGGUCUUUAUCUAGGCAACAGGAUGCCAUUCAAUACUAGUUGGUAGUCAUUGAACUUGGGAGUAUCAUCAUCUCAGCCGUUUAUCCGGUCGAGGUCGGUAUUGAAUGCCGUCUCCCAACUCUUAUGGCGAGUGGAAACUGCACGUUGAACUUGAAGCUCCAAUUCUCUUGGCACUUUGAGGUCAACCUCCAUUCGACCUUGACCGCAGUUACAGUCAACGAUACACACGCCCUUCAACGCCACCUCAGACCGUCUACCCUUUCGACAAGGACGACGUCGAUACCUCCAGCGACCCACUUUCAACCUUGAAGCUGACACUGUUCUCGUCCCUCUGCCCUGCCCUGAUCAAGGGCACGUCACUCCCUCCUCAAACCGACCUCUCGUCAUCUCGAUCUCCCCUCCGAAUAAGCCACCAUGCUCUCCCGCCUCCCUCGCAUAGCGCGCACAUCCGCGUUGCCAGCUCUCUCAUCAACAUCUAGAGGGCACAUCCAGUCGUUUCGGGCAGCUAGCACGCACUCGGCGCACGACGACCACGGUCACGGCCACGGUGCCGCCCACGGCGAACACGGACAUGACGACCACUUCGAUCCCCCUUCAGGCUGGCUCUGGGGUCAACGGCCGGGCGAGAAAUACGAGAAAGAAGGCUGGGAACCGUUUGCGUGGAUCUUUACCGCAAGUUGGAUCAUUGCGAUUGCGGCGUAUACCAUGAAGGAGGAUACUUCGAUACAAACAUGGGCGCUGGAAGAAGCACGUCGACGACUUGAGAAGGAAGGAUUUUACGAUGAGUCGAAAUGAAUCGCUUCAGAGAAGAUUGUUUGCGGUGACCCUGGUCUAUGAACGAGAAUUGUUGACACCGUUACGGAUUUAUUGAUUUUAUUUGCGUUUAUGGGAA